UGCAGACAAUUGAAGAUGAAGCAACUUGAGUGCCUUACCUAUGAUCCUGAAUAUGCCAAAUUCGAUUUGUGUGAGCUGGACACUAGCUUGCGUAACAAUCCCACACUGUCCAUAGCAAUACGUUUGUUAACAAUUCCUGUGACUAAUAUCAAUUUGAGAGUUGAAGUUGGUCUAUUAGGGUCUAGCCCUCCCAUAAUAGUCCUCAAUAAUAGCUGGGAUGGUUGUGCCUUUCUGAAGAGCCGUAAAUCGAAUAAAGUUUUUGGACGCUUGUAUCGGUAUAUUGCACCAUAUACCAAUUUGAAUCACAGCUGCCCGAUUAAUCAUGACGUCAUUAUAAAAAAUCUUACCGUGGCUGAAGGAGGUUCAGCAUUAGCAAUGCUUGGUGGUGAAUUUGUGGCAAAAGUGUAUGCUGCAUCCGAUGGCAAAACGCGAAUCUCUAUAAAAGUAACAUCCAGCUAUUAAAUAGGAAAACGCAAAGUGAGACGAUUUGCUUAAAUGGUAUAUUAUAAACUUUUUCGAUGUAAAAUAUUAAAAGCUCUGAUAAUAAAUCAGACUUUG